GAAGUUCACAAUAUUUCUUCGACAAUGGCAGAGACGGAAGUGAAUAUGAAAAAGAAGGGAAAGCACGAUAAGCCAAAACCAUGGGACGACGACCCGAAUAUCGACCAUUGGAAGAUCGAAAAAUUCGAGCCUUCGUGGAACGGAGGCGGCAUGCUGGAUGUCAGCUCCUUCUCUACUCUAUUUCCUCAGUACAGAGAAAAAUACUUGCAAGAAGCUUGGCCAAUGGUCAAAUCUGCUCUUAAAGAGUUCGGCAUUUCAUGUGAACUCAAUUUGGUUGAGGGUUCAAUGACUGUUUCGACUACUAGAAAGACUAGAGACCCUUACAUUAUUAUCAAAGCUAGGGACCUCAUCAAGCUUUUGUCGAGAAGUGUUCCGGCACCUCAGGCAAUCAAAAUUUUGAAUGACGAAUUGCAAUGUGAUAUUAUCAAGAUUGGAAACUUGGUUCACAAUAAGGAACGCUUUAUUAAAAGAAGACAGCAUCUCGUGGGCCCAAAUUCUUCUACUUUGAAGGCACUUGAGAUAUUAACAGGCUGCUACAUUCUUGUUCAGGGAAAUACAGUAGCAGCUAUGGGGUCAUAUAAAGGUCUCAAGCAAGUUAGGAGAAUUGUGGAAGAUUGCAUACAGAAUAAAAUGCAUCCUGUUUACCAUAUCAAGAUUCUUAUGAUGAAAAAAGAACUUGAGAAGGAUCCUGCACUUGCAAAUGAAAAUUGGGACAGAUUUCUCCCGAAGUUUAAGAAGAAAAAUGUGAAACAAAAGAAGGCUAAGGUUAAGGAGAAGAAGCCAUAUACUCCUUUCCCUCCACAACCUCAACCUAGUAAGAUUGAUUUACAACUGGAGUCUGGAGAAUACUUCUUAAGUGAGAAAAAGAAGUCCGCCAAAAAAUGGCAAGAGAAGCAGGAGAAGCAGGCUGAGAAAACUGCUGAAAACAAAAGAAAAAGAGAAGCUGCAUUUGUUCCUCCCAAGGAACCCGUAAAGCAGGAUUCUAAUAAAUCUGAGGGAGACAAGGAAGAUGUGGCUGAGCUGGCCAUCUCCUUGAAGAAAAAGUCCAAGGAGUUUAAGAAGCAAAAGUCUGCAGAGAGCAUUGAUCCAGAAGCCUAUAUUGCCAAAUCUGGGGAUCAACCUUCAAGAAAGAAAUCGAAGCGCACAUGAGUCCAUCUACAAUGGAGGAUUCAUGGUUUUAGAGGUCGCUGAAUUUGAUUAGGUUGAAGGAUUAUUACUGAAAUGAACAGAAGGUUAUGCGUGCUUCAUGGUUAACAAUACAAACAAUUAAUUUAAGAAACCUCCAUGUAACGAGAAGCCUGAUCAUCCAAAGAAACAUUAAAGGAGUAAUACAAAAUUUACUGAGCUCAUGCUGUUAAUUCUCAAA